ACAAAAGCUCGCGGGCCGGGAAAUAGGAGACAAUUGAAGGGGGCUUUACAUUUUUACGCUCAUCACCAAUCACCAUUCUUGUAGACGGUCGAACUAAAUCUUUGUCUCUUAAGGCUUUAGAUUUCAGACCCAAAUCUCUUUCGCUUUUGAUUUCUUUGGCGAAUUUAAAAAGGAAAUGGACCCGAAUUCAGUGAAAUCGACUCUUUCCAAUUUGGCUUUUGGGAAUGUAAUGGCUGCUGCAGCCCGCGAUUAUCAGAAGGAAUUGCUGGCUCAAGAGAAGGGCCAAGCAUCCAGCUCUGUUAAUGAAGAAGUAGAUCUGGAUGAAUUAAUGGAUGACCCUGAGCUGGAAAAGUUGCAUGCUGAUAGGAUUGCUGCUCUUAAGAAAGAAGCAGAGAAGCGGCAAGAACUUAAAAUGCAAGGUCAUGGGGAGUACAGGGAGAUAACAGAAGCAGACUUUUUGGGUGAAGUUACUGGCAGUGAAAAAGUGGUUUGUCAUUUCUAUCAUCGAGAGUUCUACCGUUGCAAGAUUAUGGAUAAGCAUUUGAAGUCACUUGCUCCAAAACAUUUUAAGACCAAAUUCAUCAAACUCGAUGCUGAGAAUGCUCCAUUCUUCGUCACGAAGCUAGGAAUUAAAACAUUACCUUGUGUGAUACUAUUCAGGAAAGGAGUAGCAACAGAUAGGCUGGUUGGAUUUCAAGACUUGGGAGGGAAAGAUGAUUUCGCUACAAGGACCCUCGAGAGUUUCCUGGUGAAGAAAGGAAUAAUUGAGGAGAACAAACGAGAAGAAGAGGAUGAUGAUUAUCUUGAAGGCAGUCGUAGGACAGUGAGAUCAUCAGUGAAUCCCGAUUCUGAUUCUGAUUGAAAAAAGUUUGCACCUUGUUUCAACGAAAUCCUAUCCGAAGAAACUUGGAGUAAUGCAAGCUCAGAAGAAAUAUGCACAAGGCAACAAUAGCACGACAUACUUAAUAGCCUGUUGUACUAUUUAUAGCGUUAGUGAGAGGAAUUUGACUUCCCAGAUUAUUAUGACAUAGUGCAGUUAUUUUCUGAUUCCUGAGACUGUGAAUCGCCCAAGCAUUUAUGUAUCAUUAUAAUUCAUUACAGCUGUGUUCUUCUUUGCUCCUGCUGCUUCAAAGAUGAUAUAUUAAUCUAAAAUAAAUGAUCUGAAGUGCUCAGAUCUUGUUUUGCUUCUCUCA